AUGAUCCUAUUACGGGGACCAUGUAUUGUUGAUGAAUCCAUGCUCACUGGAGAGUCCGUACCACAAAUGAAGGAGCCUAUAGAAGAUCUGGAAAAGGAUAGAUAUUUUGAUAUUGAUGCGGAUAGCCGUCUUCACGUAAUUUUCGGUGGCACAAAAAUCGUUCAACAUACUCCUCCUGGAAAGGGAGUUGAUGGAUUGAAAGGCCCAGACAAUGGUUGUAUUUGCUAUGUGUUGAGGACAGGGUUCAACACAAGUCAAGGGAAGCUAUUGAGGACAAUAAUGUUUGGCGUCAAACGAGUAACAGCAAAUAAUCUCGAAACGUUUUGUUUCAUUCUAUUUUUGCUUAUUUUUGCAAUCGCUGCAGCUGCAUACCUGUGGGUUGUGGGU